UUCAUCCGAUUUCCGCGCAUCACGAACCCACGAUUUAAUUCCUCACUGGUUUUGUUUUGGUUCUAUCAGUCUCUUGCUUACCAAAUUCACUAAAUCGUUCGAACCAUGGAAUCUACCAGUAGCCGGCAUUCCUUCAGCACAAUACAUUCGGACAGUGACAGUACUUCGCUAUCCGAAGUGGAAGAUGAGUGGAGUGAAAAGAUAAAUUCUCUUCUGGAUAUUAGUUCGUUCAGCCUGAAGGAUACUAACUCAAUCAAACCAUUUUCGGCAACGGUACAACGAGGCUUUUCAAGAUGUCGUUCAUUUUCGCAUGAUCAUGUGACAGGAUCCGAAAUCAAACCGAAGCAACCUUCAAAACUGGUAACAUGCACAGCUGGGGGAAAAGUUUUCAUUCUUCCGUUUGAAAUCCUGGAUGAUGGUGGCGAUGAGAAGGAGUUUUCCUCGGAAGACCGGCAUCAGUGGGCAGAUGAGCCGACCGACAAUUCGUUGGACACAGAAACGGUCAUGCGUAAUAUGAAUCGUUGUGGAGAUUACUCGUUCGCUAAAACGGAUAAAUCGCAGCUAGGCAAAGAAGCUGAUAAAAACCUUACGGUACAACCCGUUGGACAACCGAACGGUAACAUCGUCAAACGUGAGGAAGUUAAAUCAGCAAAAUUUCUGAAGGUGUCAAAAAGGCCUGUUCAUUGUCCCAUUAGCGAAUGCCGGGAAUUGGUUUGUGCGGCUUUCUUUUCCACACAUCUGAAGGCGGAUCAUUUUCAGAUGCUGCGGGGAAAACUGGACCCCGGUCAGACAUACAGCAUCCUCGUUGAUCCGGUGAUUGAGGAGUACGGCGUUUGUCGCUGUAAUGUUGCCUACUAUUUGGGUGGUAAACUGCGAGAUUUCGGUUCAAGUGAGUUCAAAGACUACCUCCCGGUCCUGUUGAUGUCCACGAAAUUCAAGUUCAAUGACAGUGAAGUGGAUGAAUCGGAACAGGAUGGUGGACAGCAGUAUUUGUUUUGGCUAACGGGGAUCGUUUCCGAGCACCUGAAAAUCGAGUAUACGUUGACUGUGGGCUCGCAUAAAUCGCAGAGUGGUUUUAUUUACCCUCUUGGGCAACCGCAGGAAAUUGCAAGCAUCUUCGAGUCGGGAGCUGGUUUGAUCAUUUCCCAGCAACAGAUCAGUCGGUUGCUGAGCAGCGAGGAUAAUCUUUUGCAGCUUGGAGUAACUCUCCGAUAGAAACGAGAAAAAAUUCUUGUGCGGUAUAUUUAUUUCAGACCAAGUGUACAUUACAUAUGAGCAUCAAACAACAUGGUAAAU